AUGGCGUCGACGGUGUUGGGAAGGAUAUUUUUGAUCAAAUCACAUGGUUUUUCGAAAAAUAAAGUAUACACUAUCACCAAGAUAUUUUCAUGUGCCAGUUAUAGCACAGCAAGUCGUUCAAACAAAAUUUACGAGAGUGCUAAAGAAGCUGUUAGUGAUAUUCAGGAUGGGUCCAAGUUAUUGGUCGGUGGUUUCGGUUUGUGUGGAAUACCAGAAAACCUGAUUGUGGCAGUCAAAGAUAAACGUGUUUCUGGUCUUACUGUAGUCUCCAACAAUGCAGGAGUUGAAGACUUUGGUCUUGGUAUUUUGUUGAAGACUAAGCAAGUUAAGCGAAUGAUAGCUUCAUAUGUUGGUGAGAAUGCAGAAUUUGAGCGACAGUUUUUGAGUGGAGAGUUGGAGGUUGAACUGACUCCACAAGGUACAUUGGCAGAAAGGAUCCGUGCUGGUGGUGCUGGUAUACCAGCUUUCUUCACCCCAACUGGAUUUGGUACCCUUAUACAUGAAGCUAGACAUGAACAGCAGUUUAAUGGAAAGAAUUACAUAAUGGAGGAGGCAAUUACUGGUGAUUUUGCCCUUGUGAAGGCAUGGAAAGCAGACAGGCAUGGUAACUUAAUAUUCAGAAAGAGUGCUCGGAACUUUAACCCAGCAAUGUGCAGAGCAGCUAAGAUCACUAUUGCUGAGGUGGAGGAAAUAGUGGAUGAGAUUGACCCUGACUUUGUGCAUGUACCAUCCAUAUUUGUACACAGAGUGAUUAAAGGUGAAAAGUAUGAGAAACGGAUUGAAAGAAGGACAGUUCAGAAGCCCGCUCAAGCUGGUAAGAAAUCAGAUUCAAUGAGGGAGAGAAUCAUUAGGAGAGCUGCUUUGGAAUUUAAGGAUGGAAUGUAUGCUAAUCUUGGAAUUGGUAUGCCCAUGCUGGCAAGUAAUUACAUACCACAGAAUGUAAAAGUGUUCCUGCAGUCAGAAAAUGGUAUCUUGGGUCUUGGUCCAUUCCCAACUGAGGAGAAUGUGGAUGCUGAUCUAAUCAAUGCAGGCAAAGAAACUGUAACUGUACUGCCUGGUUCAUCAUUCUUUUCAUCUGACGACAGUUUUGGCAUGAUCCGUGGAGGACAUAUUAAUUUGACUAUUCUUGGUGCUAUGCAAGUGUCUAGAUAUGGUGACUUGGCUAAUUGGAUGAUCCCCGGUAAAAUGGUAAAAGGCAUGGGAGGAGCCAUGGACUUGGUGUCAGCUCCAAGAACUAAAGUAGUUGUAACAAUGGAACACACCGCCAAAAAUGGAGCUCAUAAAAUACUGCCUGAGUGCACACUCCCACUCACUGGGAAAAAUUGUGUUGACAUGAUUAUCACAGAAAAGUCGACAAAGAAAAAGGUCUUACGUUGA